GUGCGUGUUUGUGUGCGAGCGCGCGCGCGCCAAGCGGAGACUGUCGCGCGGCCGACAGGCGGAGGAGCGACACCGCAGCCGGAGCUCGUUCAGCGGGCUGCAUUGUUCACUUCAGCCGUAAACAGGCUGACACAGCGGGGCCGCUCACACGCCGCUGCCGCCUGAAUGAGCGGAACACCGUCCGGACCGGCGACCGGAGCCUUUAAUGUGCCGGGAGCACCGACACGAAGUCGACAGUUGAAGGCUUCGAUGUAAUUUUUGGCAGGAAAGUAAACCGCUUUAAAAUGGCAACCGCCGCCCGCUCCCGGCGACCAUAGACGGACACUCAGGCGGCGAGGGCAGCUGGUUACCCAGUGACUAUUCUGGAUCCGGGGCGUGUUUGGUAACACGGGGCAGUUUGACUCGUCCAGCGAGGUGAAACACUGCAGCCUUCGGCAGUAAAGAUCCAAACGUCUGGUUUCUCCCUUUGAGUAACGGUGCGGUGAUGAAAGCUGACGCUUUCAGCAACAGGUCCAUGUGUCCUCACUGCAGCUGCUAGUUGAGCUCUUCCCUCUGUCUGGUCUGCUGUGGAGGCAUCAUGUCGGCGGCUCAGACCCAGAAGGAGAGCAGCGAGGCGGGCUGGGGCUGUCUGGAGGCGCUUGGUCUCAGUCAGAAGGAGCUGGUUCUGGCCGAGGCGCUGCAGAUGGAGUACGACGCCCUCUCCCGACUCAAACAGGACAAGAGUGGAACAGGAACUGGCCCCACGUCCGGCUCCAGAGCUCCCAGCCAGACCCGCUCCAAGACCCCUAAUCCCAGCAUCAAAUGCCCCCGACCCACGCCAAGCCAGCCUGGUCCUGCCCCUGCUGGAGGAGGCCUGUUGAGGGGCCUGUCAGGGUCCGACCCCUCCCUGAACCAGCCUGGAGGCUCUCAGUCUGUCCCCUCCAUCCCAGCCAGGGCGCUCCCUCCUCAGGGAGGCUUCAUCAAAGAGCCCCUGUACAUCCUGGACAGUCCUGAGCUCAGCAAGUUCAGGGAUGGCUCAGGUUCCGGUCUCGGGGACUCACCUGGCUCUGGGUCAGGGUUUCUGUCUAAAGGCUUCCCCUCUCUUCCAGAUGAUACCCCCCCCGCCAUCCCGCCAAGAAACCCCAUCCCCCUGUCGUCAGGAUCAGAGAACCCCUUCCUGCCCCCCCGAGGGUCCACGGUUCCCCGUGAUGUGAACCUGUUCAUGCCCGACGUAGAUCAGCCCAAAGUGAGCUCUGGGGAGCUGAACUAUGACAACAUAAACGACUCGCUGUCCCGACUCAACGGGAGCCGGCCGGGGCCUCGAGGACGGAGGGCCAAUGGGGACCAAUCAGGGAAGCCUGUGGCUCGCAGUAAGACCCUCCCCCCCCAAGUGCCACCCAGGACCUACGUACCUGUUCCCAAGAGCAACAAGAACCAGCGGCGGGUGUCUGCAGACCCGGUCUCUCUGGUGUCCAGGAUGAAUGGAUUUGGAUAUGAACUCUUCCAGGUGUCUGAGGAGAGAGACGAGGAGGUGGCAGCUUUCUGUCACAUGCUAGAUGUGUUGCGUUCGGCGUACCCACACAGCGACUGCUCGAAGAACGCCGGCUUCGUGUGGUCGCCGUCGGUGGGUCAGGAGGAGCUGCAUCAGGGUCUGGGGGUCAGCGUGAAGGUCACUGUCAUCAGUGAGCACUUCAGAGAGCCGCUCACCUUCACCUGUGAUGGUUCGUCCACGGUGGACCUGCUCAUCUAUCAGACUCUGUGUUACGCUCAGGAUGAUCUGGAUCACCUGGACGUGGAUCACUACCUGCUGAAGGUGUGCGGACAGGACGAGUUCCUCCACAACUCUCAGACUCUGGCUGGUCUUGAGUUUGUUCAACAGUGUCUGAAGUUCGACUGGGACAUCCGACUGUUUCUCACCAAGAGAUCGUCCAUCAACACAGAGCUGUCCCGCACGAAAGAAGAUGAUGAGACGCUGUCCACUAUGAACCACAGCAUCCUGCUGCAGGAGCGUCCAAUCAAACAGACCGUCACCAGGGAGGCUCUGACUCUGCUGCUGGACACUUUUCAUAAUGAAGCUGAGUCCUUCCUGCUGUCAGAGGUAGAGCUGCCGCUGCACGUGGAGCGUCUCGUCCAAUCAGUGAAGGCGCUGUGCAGCUCGUUGGCUGCCGUCGAGACACCUGAUGUGACGUCUGCCCUCAGCCAGCUCCCAGCAUGCCCCUGUCGCCUGCAGCCCAAAGUGCUGAAGGAUGCUUCAGUGCUGACCGUCAGAGAGAACAGAGAGAAAGUGGUGGAGAAGUUGACGGCAGCCAUCUUGGAUCUGGUGGAACUGUACUGCAGCACGUUCAACGCCAACUUCCACACGACGCCGCAGAGCAACUGCUGCACGGCGCCGGUGCAAGAGGCCGGCCUCGUCACCAAUGUGCUCUCCUUCAGUGUGUACGCUGCUCACCGCGUCCCCAUCACCUGGGCCGCCAGUUAUGAGGGCUUCUUCCUGUCCUGCUCGCUUACUCAUGGAGGGGCGGAGCUCUGCGCGCCGCAGCACACCAGCAAACAGUCGGUCAGCAAAUACCUGUUCCACCUGGUGGUGUGGGACCAGAGGGUGAGUUUCCCGGUGCAGAUCAACCAGCUGCCCAGAGAGUCUCAGCUGACCGUCACCCUGUAUGCCAGCUCCCUGCCGCCUCCUGGAGGAGCGGAGGAGAAGGGGAAGCAGCGUCGCAGCAUCGAGGCUCUGGGCUGGGUCACCAUGCCGCUCUUCAACUUCAGACAUGUCCUCACAUGUGGCAGGAAGUUACUCGGUCUGUGGCCUUCAGCUCCGGGGAGGAACGGAAACGCCCGGACGAGCUCACCGAACUUCAGCCAGCCGGACAGCGUGAUCCUGCAGGUGGACUUUCCCACAUCGUCAUUCGAGGUUCACUUCAGUACUCCUCCUCCAGCAGACUUUUGUCCUCAGUAUGACUUCUCCCGACUGGACACCAUCAGUCAGAUCCAGCUGCAAGACGUCCUCCACAAGAAGGCUGUCUUCUGGCUGACGGUGGAGGAUAAGCGCCUGCUGUGGGAGAAGAAGGCCUUCUGUCAGGCAGAGAGUGCAGCUCUUCCUCUGGUCCUGGCCAGCGCCCCCUGCUGGCAGUGGUCCUGUCUGCCUGACAUCUACGCCCUGCUGAGACAGUGGGCCUGCCUGGGUCACCUCGACGCCCUGGGACUCCUCCAUGCCUCGUUUCCAGACCAGGAGCUGAGGAGGACGGCUGUUCAGUGGAUGGACUCCAUCUCUGAUCCAGAGCUGCUGGACUUCCUGCCUCAGCUCGUCCAGGCUCUGAAGUACGAGUGUUACCUGGACAGCUCGCUGGUUCGAUUCCUCCUACGGAGAGCCGUCGCAGACGUUCGCAUCGCUCACUACCUCUUCUGGUUGCUUAAGGACAACCUGCAGGACAGCCAGUUCAGCGCUCGCUAUCAGCACCUUCUGGCUGCGCUGCUGUGCUGCGUUGGUCGCGGUCUCCGUGAGGAGUUUGACCGUCAGUGCUGGCUCGUCUCCGUCCUCGCCAAGGUGGCCCACAAAGUCCGAGACUCCACGCCGUCCAGCAGACAGUGUGUCCUCAGGGAGGGUCUGGAGGAGAUGAAGCAGUUCUUCUCAGUGAACAGCAGCUGCAGACUUCCUCUGAACCCAGCGCUGCUCGUCACAGGAAUCAACAUCCAGUCAUGUUCCUUCUUCAAUUCCAACGCCGUACCUCUCAAACUGUCCUUCCAAAACCUCGAUCCUCUGGGAGACAACAUCAACGUCAUCUUCAAGUCAGGAGACGACCUGCGGCAGGAUAUGCUGACUCUGCAGGUGAUCCGGAUCAUGAACAAGAUCUGGAUCCAGGAGGGUCUGGACAUGAGGAUGGUCAUCUUCAAAUGUUUCUCCACUGGAAGAGGACGAGGUAUGGUGGAGAUGAUUCCUCAUGCUGACACUCUGAGGAAGAUUCAGGUGGAACACGGAGUCACUGGGUCCUUUAAAGACCGGCCGCUGGCCGACUGGCUGCAGAAACACAACCCUACUGAUGAGCAGUACGACAAGGCGGUGGAGAACUUUAUCUACUCGUGUGCCGGCUGCUGUGUGGCGACCUACAUCCUGGGAAUUUGUGACCGCCACAACGACAACAUCAUGCUGAAGACCAGCGGUCACAUGUUCCACAUCGACUUCGGGAAGUUCUUGGGACACGCACAGAUGUUUGGAAACAUCAAACGGGACCGCGCCCCCUUCGUCUUCACCUCUGACAUGGCGUACGUCAUCAAUGGAGGAGACAAACCAUCCAGUCGCUUCCACGACUUCGUGGAUCUGUGCUGUGAGGCGUACAACCUGAUCAGGAAACACACACAUCUGUUCCUCAACCUGCUGGGCCUGAUGUUGUCCUGUGGGAUCCCUGAACUUUCUGAUCUGGACGAUCUGAAGUACGUCUAUGAUGCACUGAGACCUCACGAGUCUGAGGCCGACGCCACCAUGUACUUUACCAGGUUGAUCGAGUCGAGUCUCGGCAGCGUUGCCACCAAACUCAACUUCUUCAUCCACAAUCUGGCUCAGAUGAAGUUUGCCUCUUCGGAGGAUCGUCCCACGCUGUCGUUCGCUCCCAGAGUCCACACAGCGAAGAGCGACGGCCUCAUCAGGAACCUGUACAUCUGCAGACACAUCCGCACCGCCAGCUCCAGCAAAGGAUAUGCCUUUGUGGUGAAGGUGGAGCGUGACGGCCAGCAGGAGGCGCAGCUGGUUCAGAGGACAUUUGAAGAGUUUCAUGAACUUCACAGCAAACUGAGACUCAUCUUCCCCUCGUCCAAACUGCCCAGUUUCCCAAGCCGUUUUGUGAUAGGCCGUUCCCGUGGUGAGGCAACAGCUGAUAGGAGGAAAGAUGAGCUGAACGGUUACGUGUGGCACCUGAUCCACGCCGCCCAGGAGGUCGCUCAGUGUGACCUCGUCUACACCUUCUUCCACCCGCUGCCCCGAGACGAGACGCCAGGAACCACAACCAGCAAACCAGCAGAGUUGUCGUGGUCUCCAGCUUCAGGCAAAGAGCUCGGCGAGGUCAAACUGUCAAUCUCCUACAAGAACGACAAACUCUUCAUCAUGGUCAUGCACAUACGAGGACUGCAGCCCCUGCAGGACGGCACAGACCCGGACCCCUACGUGAAGCUGUACCUGCUGCCAGACCCCCAGAAGACCAGCAAGAGGAAGACCAAGGCAGCACGCCGUACCUGUAACCCCACCUACAAUGAGAUGCUGGUGUACGAGCGGAUCCCUCAGGGGGAUCUCGACCAGAGGGUGAUCCACUUGCGGGUUCUUGGUGACGGGGCUUUCUGGGAGAACACCCUGCUGGGGGAGACCUUCAUCCCUCUGAAGAGGCUGGUCCCGGGUCAGCACUGGGUCGACUGGCACCAGCUGGGUGCCGCUGGCUCGGACUCCAACUGACUGACAGGAAACAGGAAGCGGUGGAUUUAAAGGGAGAGAAGAAGAGAAGCAGUCCUCCUGAUGAGGACAGAAGACAAAAGGAAAGUCCUUUCAAAGUAAAAGCCAUGUGGCUGAUCCUCCCUCUGUGUGUGAGGGAGUUUAGUUAGAAGCAGAUUCGUCCUCUAACAACACUGAACACAUUCGCUAAUUCAUUUCAAUAGUUAUUAUUAAAAAUCAUCAGUUUUGUGAAAGAGGCAGAUUUUGUCGCAAGAUCAGGUCCUUUAAACUUUCAACAUCACAAACUGUGAUUUCCAGUUAAGGAGUUCAACUAACGAACCAGUUCUAAUAUUAACUUUAACAGUUUCAGCUGCAGGUGAGUCAGGAUCAGUAGAAGUGUCUUCAUGAACACGUUUAGAUUCACGCCUUUAUGUUGAAGAGAAGGCGAAGUGUUUCCUGUUCGGACUGAUGAUGAAAUGAUUUUGAGAAUAUUCGCUGGUUUAGUUUUUAUAUUUACUGAUGUUGUGAAGGAAGCCGUCGGUGUGAGACAUGAAGAAGAGAUGAUUUAUCAUCAUAAUAAUUAUAAUUACAAGACUGAGAAUCUCGUGUUUCAUAGGCAGCACACACAGAUGCAUGCUGGGUAUCUGAGUUUCAUCAACAGGAAGUAAGGUGAGGGGACGAUGACUCUGAGAAGGAAACUUUUACUUUGAAAUCCUUCAUCCAGUUUUGAGUCCUUGAGUCAUUUUCCAGGACUAAAAGCUGCGUUUAAGAUUUCAAGGACAUUUAUCUGUGAUGUCUUUUCUUUUCUGAGUGUCGGUUGUGAUUUCAGCACAAAGCAGUGUACAUACAGAGCUUUAGCCUAAUGUUGCUAACAGGAAGUAGCUGAGGUGGUGUGGAUGUUCAGCGCAGACUGCAGCAUAUUUUUCUAGUGUGGAUGAGGAUCAGAGUUUGUAUCUGAGGUGCACGAGAGCUUCUGAAUGUUCCUGUCGGAGGACACAGCUCAGUCUGAACUUCAGCUUGUUCUGAUUUCUGUUCAGCUCUUAUUAAUCCGGAUCAGCGCUUGACCCACCAGCUGAUCGUUAUCACAUUUCAUUCCUUGUUUUUUAAAAUCAUCUGUCAGUGUGUGAUUUUGUACUUUUUGGGAGGUUUGUAAUAAUCCGGGCUGCAGUUGAGGAGGUGAGCGAGGUCCUGCAGGUGGUUCAUGCGCUGUAGACGAGACAAAGUGAGGAGAGAACCUGCAGGAGACGAACUCGUUGUCGCUCCUCCGCUCAGCACUAAACAUGACGACAUUCACAUGAAUCAGAGUUAACUUCAGUCUAAACGUCAGCCUGAGAUAUCUCAAGUAGUUUGUAGUUUUGACCCUAAUGCUCUCCUGUAGUCUGUCAGCUGCAGCCACACGCACGCGCACACACACACAGUUUUUAAAUGGAGUUCAGUGAGCUGGCUGCAGCUGACAGUCUGAAGAACGACAUCGCGUCCGUCAUGUUGAUCUGAUGGAGACGAGUGAUGUGAAGUGGACGUGGUGCGUUCGAGACCGCGGGACAGAAUGUGAUCCAGUUCAAACUGAACUGGAUCUUUAUGUACUGUACAGACUGACCAUCAUGAAAAUGUGACUUACAGGCUCUUAUUAAUGUGGACCUUUCAUUUUGGAACAUGUUUUGUAUGAUUUGCACUACAAAAUAAACUUGAAGUGAAAAAGAUA